AUGCCCACCACGGGUCUCUCCAGAUCCGCCAUCACUCGGUCUACUCAGACCCCCUCAAAAAAGCCCUCCAAGUCUCCACGCAAAAAUCGCAAUCCACCCUCUCAGAAAAAGGCGAGCAACAGAGGCCCAUACGCCGAGAAAGCUUGUUAUCCGUGUCGGAAAGGGCACCGCAAGUGCAGGGAUAUCAGGACCAUAACUGGAAAGCCAGUCUGUGGCCUUUGUGCGGAUCAACAGCUGGAAUGCACUUGGCCAGACGACGGCCCUCCCACCGGCCAUGGAAGGACUUUCGACCGCUGGAACAACACCUACACCAGUAGAGAUCCCCCCCAUCCUAGCUGGGACUAUACGAGCUCUGAAGAUGAUGCCGAAGGUGGUGAUGGCGAUAGCAACUCGAUUAUCACCGGUCAAGACGAGGAGGGCUGGGGUAGUGAGCAUGCUAGCGGCAGAAACCAGGGUGUAGAUGCUCACGAAACACACCACAACAGCAUCGCCCAGCAGAUUGACAGUCAAGCCUCGCCUGCUCGCACUCAUCAUCAUUCCCCUCAAACUGUUCGCCCUCGGCCUCGCACCCAGCAAACCCCACGCGUCCCCACCAAUGGCUUACAGCUGCCGCGCUUCGGCCAACAGCAGCCCCCAGUACCAGCUGCCACUGCUUCCGCUACAGGCGACACUUCAGUCUCCGAUAGGUACCGUCAGCCCUCCAAUAGUCACCAAGCUCCCCCUCCUCAACCUAGAUAUCCUGAUCCUCUAGAGCUUUUGGUGACCGCUGCUGCCGCUGUAGAAGGAAAGCGCUCGGCCUUGGACGACGAACCUGCAGAUGCUACCCUCAUUAUCAAGAAGAUCCUCACCGCCAAGCUAUGGGAUGAUGACAAUGGCGGAGGCUGGAAGAAGAAUGUGAAGGACAUCGAUGGAGAGGUACUUUGUGUCUCACAGUUUACGCUCCUUGCCAGUUUGAAGAAGGGUGCGAAACCUGAUUUCCAUGAUUCUAUGGCAAGUUUCCGGCGCGACAAUUCCACCAUCCCCAGCAAAGCCUACUACACUUCUUUCCUGGAAGAGAUCAAAGCGGCUUACGACCCCUCAAAGAUACAAGAUGGCGAAUUUGGUGCUAUGAUGCAGGUCUCGCUGUGCAACGACGGACCUGUCACCAUCUUGCUUUCUUCUCGAGACAAACCCGCCACCAAGAGCGGAACACCCACCCCGGCUACCUCUGGCAUCAAUACACCCUUGCCAGAAGCCGGUCAGAAGAAGGUAAAGAAGCCGAAAGACAAAGGGACUGGACAUCCUAAAUUCGCGGCGGGGGCAGACAAGGAGGCGGCGAACCCGCUAGGUACUGCGGUGGGCGAGGUGAUAGAUGAGGGCAGCAGGGAGGCUGGAGCAACAAUUUCGGGUGUCAAUCAAGAAGAGGCCAACAGGGAAUGA